AUGCCACAGGCCUCGCCGGCAGGGCGCCUGGGCGCGGCCCUAUGCCUGCUGCUUUCGGCAUGCCUUUUGGCGAUUGCCCACGCGGCCUCGAACGAGCCCACCGAAUAUGGCAUCCCCCAGUCGAGGCUGACUCAGUUGGCUUUGGCCGAUGCCGAGAAGGACGCCAAGCCGGAAUCCGGCCUGCCACUCCCCUUCGCAUUGCUGGCGCUGCACGCGCGCCAUCUGGACCGGCAGAGAAGCUGGGCCAGCCACGCGCGCCAUGCCCGUGACGAUGACGACGACGAGGAAGAAGAGGAGGAGGACGACGAGGAAGAGGAAGAAGAGGACAAGGACUUCCCCCUGGAGCGCUUCGUCGACCCGACCAAGCCCGCGGGCUUUGCGGUCUUGACACGCACAUCGGCCUGCCCGCAUUGCAAUGGGACGAUCGAAUUCUGGGACAAUGGCGACCAUGUGGCCGCAGCGAUCGAUGUUCGGAUCACGGUCUUCCCGAUUGGGACCGAGCUAUCGCUGCACCUGCACACCUACGGCGACCUGCGCGGGGUCUUCACCGGGGAUGAGAAUGUGGCCAACCCGCGCGCGCGGUCGGUCGGGCCCUUCUUCCGGACCAUCCCGCUGCAGGGACCAGACAACAUGGAAAAUGAGCUGGCCAUGUGCAAUGGCACACUCGAGGAGCAUGUCGGGGACUUUGGCCACAUCACCAUUGACUCCACCGGUCGAGCCAAGACCGUCCUCAAGAGCCGGACAGCCAGUCUGGACCCGAAUAGCCCGAAUUACAUCAUCGGCCGGAGCGUGGUCCUUUACGACCGCCGGGUCGACUGCCCGACCCGGCCGAACUUCAUGACACAGCUGGGCCGCGACCGGUGGGAACGCCAGGGGCGUGAGAAUGACCCGCUCGGCCCGGCGGCCGACUCGUCGUACGACGACGGCUCCGACGCCCUUGCCGCCGGCUGGCCCGAAUAUGCGGAGCUCCAGUCGCCGGCUUACUCGGACCCCGAGGUGGAGCGGGCCUUCUUCGAGGAGAUGACCGUGCAGGAGGCAAGGUCAUCCCGAGAGGCAGCACGCACGUAUGCCGGGCGGCUGCGGGUCCCCCAGCGCGGCCCGGCUCGCGCGCAUCCCGGCCGCAUUGCCCUGGCCGGGGUCAUCGGCCUGGAGAACAGCCCGACCGUCCAUUCGGUUCCCGGGACGGUGGAAGUGGCAGACCCGCCACCAUUCAAGGUCCAGCACGCGGUGGCCGUCACGUCGUGGGACACCGCCAAGAUCGCGCACAUGGUCGAAUCCAUGAAGCCCCGGACCGAACCCGCUCCCAAGUACGAAAAGCGCUGGCCAAGUUUCUUCCUGGACAAGGAGCCCAGCCCGAAUGGCAUCGCCUACUUUGACAUACUGCCCGGCAGCGAGGUGUCGCCCGAGGGCUCUGCCCGGGAGGAGUUCCUUCGCGUGCGCAUGCACCACCGGAACCUCCGGCCCAAGAACCUGUACGCUGCCUCGGUGCAUACCUUUGGCGACAUCUACAGCGGCGGGGCCAUCUUCGCCGGGGACAUCUUCCUGCCGGCUUCCUUGGAGGGGACCCUGGCCCGCAAGCCCACCGGGGUGUCGUCUCACUCCGGCGAGUCGACCUCGCUGUUGCCGAAUGCCCCGGUGUCGCCAACCACCUUUCCCUUCGAGGAGGGGGAGGCCAUCCAUGCCCCUGCUGCGGGGGUCCGACAACGGCGCCAGGAGAACCGCGAGGACCGGGAAGAUCGCGAGGAUCAAGAAGAUCGCGAGGACGACGACGAAGAGCGUGAGAUGCAGAUUUGUCGCUUUGUAGGCCCAUUCAUCCGAAAGCCUGGCGAUUUGGGACGAAUGGUGUCAUCUGCCACGGGAACCAUCACUGCCAACCUCACACUCCCGACGACCCUUGGUGCUCCGGAGACGACGGGCAUCGGUGGGCUUACCAUUUUUGACCGAGGCGACCGGUCGAUCCUCGGGCGGGCAUACGGCCUGCGCUUGACUUUGAAGCCCCUGUCGCCGGAUUGGUACUACUACUUCGACGAGGAGUAUUACUACGAUGAGGAGUACUAUUUCCCUGAGGACGACGAGGAGGACAGCGAGGAGGACGGCUACGACUACGGGGCGAUUGGCACGCGGCCUGCCGGCAGCGGCCCCGGCAAGCGGGCCCGGCGCUGGGCCCAGGCCGACGCCCAUUCCGACAGCCACGAAGGGGAGAACCCCCUGCUGGACCGGUCGCAGGCCGAAGACUACGAUUACCAGGGGGCCGAGGAUGAGGGCGCUGCCGGGCCAGCCGGCAGCGAGGCCACGGUCUAUCGCUACUCCGACCCGUGGAUCAACCUGGCCGAGGCAGAUGAGACCCAUCCAAGCCAGGUCAUCCCCCCGAAGUCGCCCUAUGCCCGGUGGGAGUGGGCCCUGCCCAAGCGCAAGCCCCCGGUCAUCGUGCCCUGCCCGCGGCCCUACCAACCGAUGCGAGACCAUGAGAUGGUCGUCCACCUGGGGGUCAUCGGCGUCCGGAACCCAUACUGGCCGGAGCCGGUGCCGAUCGGGGAACAGGAUGAGGAUGGCAAUAUCACCUAUGAGGAGACCGACCUCGACCGGGGCACCGACCCCCCGGGCCGGCCCAUGCCUGAAGGGGGCCCCAAAUUGGGCACCAAGCCACGCGAUACCAACGCCUCGGACCAGGACCAAGCUCUCCCGGAAAGGCGGCCCAACGGAGCAUCAGGGUGGCUGCCGGCCGGUGUUACCCUCCUCGCGGCCAUGCGGCUCGCCAUGGCCACGGCAACCGCUCUCCUGAUUUGGGCCUAG